AUGUUUCAUCUUCAAACAGGAGGGCAUAUUAAUCCAGCUGUGACAUUCGGUUUGUUAUUAGCAAGAAAAUUGUUUCAUCUUCAAACAAGAGCGAUCUGUGGUGCCGGAUUUGUGAAAGGGUUUCAGGGUGAUGCGCGAUACACGACGUUAGGUGGUGGUGCUAAUGUCGUCGCCCAUGGUUACACCAAGGGUGAUGGUCUUGGUGCUGAGAUUGUUGGCACUUUCGUGCUUGUUUACACCGUGUUCUCUGCAGCUGAUGCUAAAAGAAGCGCCAGAGACUCUAUAUUCACUUUAGAAAAGAUUUUGGCUCCUCUUCCAAUUGGGUUUGCGGUGUUCUUGGUUCAUUUGGCCACCAUCCCCAUCACCGGAACUGGAUGUUGCUUCUUUGGUGAUUCAUUGACUGUCAAUCAAAAGGAAACACAUGUUGAAACAGAAUAA